ACGCUCCCUCGGUGGGCUGUGUGUCACGUGAUUUGCUAGAGGAGCAGCAUGGCGGACACAUGCGCCGCUCCUAAACAAACUCCGGCUGUUUUGAGCUCGUAGUUCAGCGCGUUAUUCCUGUUUUUAAUCCGGUUACAGGCCGGGAGAGCGCCGUUUAACGCUGGAUAUCGGAUGUAAUUGUGAGGAGAGGCAUGGACGAGGGGAAUAAACUGCAGUUCCCGUCUCUCCCUGCGAGCAAGGAGGACCAACUGGACUGGUCGUAUCCAAUGAGGAGAGAGAUGCAGGAAAUCCUCCCUGGCCUCUUUCUGGGUCCCUACUCAGCUGCAAUGAAGAGCAAGCUCUCGAUGCUGGAGAAACAGGGAAUCACUCACAUCGUCUGCGUCAGGCAGGACAUCGAGGCCAACUUCAUCAAGCCAAAUUUCCCCCUCAAAUUUAGGUACCUAGUUUUAGAUAUUGCAGAUAAUCCUGUGGAGAACAUUAUUAGACAUUUCCCGGUGACUAAAGAGUUCAUCGAUGGAUGUUUAGAGAGCGGAGGAAAGGUUCUUGUUCAUGGAAAUGCAGGGAUUUCUAGAAGCGCUGCCUUAGUUAUUGCUUACCUUAUGGAGACGUUCGGGGUGAAAUACAGAGACGCUUUCAGCCACGUUCAGGAGAGGAGGUUCUGCAUCAACCCCAACGUGGGCUUCGUCCAUCAGCUACAGGAAUAUGAAGCGAUCUAUCUCGCCCGGCUAACCAUUAAAAUGAUGUCACCCAUCCAGCUGGGACGCUCCUUCUCCAUCCAAGCAGGAAUGCCAGGGAGUCUAAAGCGAACACUAGAGGAGGAUGAAGAUUUUGGGAAUAUGCAAGUACAGACGGCACAGAACGGAUAGGCUCUAGUUUCUGGGUGCUUUAGCUGCGGUGAACUUCUUCUUUUUUUUACAUUUUUAUGGGGUUUAAAAAUGUAAAUACUGAAACUUUUGUAUAGAGGAUGGGGUGGGCGGGGCUGCUCGUCGAGACGGGGGCGGGGUUUGAUAAAUAUUUUGGUUUUGUUUCGUUUUUUUCAUGUUUUUUUUCAGCCGUAUGCACUGAUGAGGUUUUUUGCAGUUUUAUAGUAUUUAACGCAUUUUGCAUUUGCAGCGGGACAGUAUUGCAAUAAUGCUCUUUUGAUACUUGAACUACUAUUAUUUUUGCUGGACGUUCGAGUUUGAAUAAGGGAAAGAAAUUGUUGAAGGGGGAGGGGGUGAUGUUGGGAAUAGGAUGAAUUAGAAAGGAAUGGGAUGGGACGGGAUGAGAAUAUCAGUAGGAAGAAAGAAAUGCUUGUGAGAAUUAACAAUCUGCUCAAUAAAAAAACAUAAAGGUGGCUGAA